UUUUUAUGCAAACAUUUGUAUAUAGUGUGCGGCAGCUGCUCAUCUCUUUUAACAUUCCCUUCAACUAAAAAAAAAUGAAGCUGCUUAGUACUGUUGUUUUGAUGAUGAUCUUUCUGGCAUCUGCUUAUUCUGUUGUUGAUGAGUCUCCAACAAUAACACUCUCUGAAUUUGAAUCAUAUCCAACACUUUCAGAAGCAUCCGUUGAUAAAUUGUUUCAUGAUUGGAUGUUGGAGCAUAAUCGGACAUAUUCAAGCAGCAACGAGAUGAAGAAACGUCGAGAACUAUUCAAGAAGAAAUUGGAACAUGUUAAGGAGUUUAACAAAGGUAAUCACAGUUACACAAUUGGCAUAAAUCAAUUUUCUGAUUGAACUGAAGAAGAGUUGUCUGUAUCAUGUGUAGAGGACGACGACAAUUACGAAUGGUAUUUUCAAUGAAAGAAUUAGAUCGUCACAUAGCGUGUUUCUGAUCUACAAAAUAAACUCAAAACAAUGAUUCAUUGGUUUUGAUUUGUUAUAUGGAAAAAAUAAUUAAUUCCUUUUAUUUA